AUGGAGAAGUGGUUGUCGUGGGUCCUGGUGGCGGCUCUGAUCCUGGAGUGCUGUAACGUCUCUGCCGCUGUGCCCAUGAGCAAGGACGACGGAUCUCAGGAAACAUUGGCCUCUCUGCUGGGCGACGACCUGAGCGAAACCAACCUCAGCGAAGUGGAGCUGAGCACAAAGCCGCGUCCGCCCAGGGUCAUUGUGGUGGGAGACCCCGGCUUGUGGCAGGGGCUCCGGUCGCUCCACACUGGGACAGCUCUGUUCAAGAGGAGGGCGGAGGAGGAGCACCAGGACCUCAGCAUCCCUAUCCUCAGACGGGACACGAUGCGGUGUAUGGUGGGGCGUGUGUACCGACCCUGCUGGGAGGUCUAG